AUGAAAUACUACGAGGAUGCCAUGGAAAUUCUGCGGACGUUUCAUAACAAGCACCAGCAACAUCCUAUCAGUUCCAACUGCUACUAUUCAGACUGCUACAUUGGCAAGGGGAGGACCCUCCUGAACAUGAGUACGAAAACGAAUAAUACAACAGACCAAACCCAUAAUAACGAUAACGACAAACUACUACAAGAAGCAUUUGAGAACCUUCAGCACGCAUGGAAAACGCUCAAAUGGAAUUUUGGCGGAGGAGCCUCCCAAAAAACGUCUACAGCAAUCCAAACCAAUUGUUCUGCCGGCGAUGCAUUGUAUCUCAUGGGUCAUGCACAAAUGCUCCGUGCCAAUAGAAUCAAAAAAGAUGACACAAUGCGCAUCAUAUUGCUCCAGGAAGCCUUGACGCAUUGGAAAUAUGCGCUCCAAAAACACAACGAGGAGCAGACUAUAGAGCACGAAAAGGUCAUUGAAACAUCACGUGCGAUUGGGAUGGCCUACACUCGAUUGCAGGAACCAGACAUGGCGUUGCCCUACUUGGAAGAUUGUCUACAAAUUGCCAGAUCUUUACGAGAGGAUGAUGAACAACGUAUCCAGUUGGCGUGGACAUUUAUCGCUUUGGGAGAUUGCUAUACUUCCAGCAGUCCCGAAAAGACACAAACUAAUAAUGAUCAAGCUCUCGAAGCGUAUCAAGAGGCCUUGUCGGUGGUGCUACCCAAGGAAGAGGAGCAACGUCAGAUGCUCCUAAUGCUAGAACUAGAUGCUAUGGUGGCUUUGGGAGACUUUCAUUGCAAGGCCGGAGACGAGACACAAGCGCUAUACUAUUAUCAGGAAGUGCCUUUCAAACUAUCACCCAAGUUUCAUCUUAUCGUACGUGUGAAACAAGCCAUUCUUCUGUUUCGGAAAGGUGAAAUUUCGUCUGCAUUGGCUUGCUUCGAAGAAUACCUGGAGCAAUGUCAAGAGGAAGCGAACGAAGAUGAAGCCUACUUUGUGGCAUUGUUCUCCACCGGCAUUUGUUACUAUUUGGAGGAGCGAGACAAAGCCAAGGCCGAUGGCUACUACUGGAAAGCAAUCCAGGUGGCCACUCGCAAUCAACUAUUUGAUGAUGAUCCAAUGUCCAGCAAGGCUCUCAAGAGCCUCGAGUCAAAACUGAAAAGGUCCAAACGGGGUAGUAUGUUGGGUCAAACGAUAGCAAGUUGGGUGGCAGGCCGUGACACUGCGUAA